UCGAUAAACGCGUAAUGACAAAUGAGUAAUAGUAUCAAACAUGAAAUAAAUUAUUGCAGUCUAAGUACUUAAGUAUGCGUUUCCGAAGGGCAGAUCGAACCUUAAGAAGUUUCACAAGCGUUAUGUUAGCCUGCUCUGAAAACCAACCAAAUUUAGACCCUACAAAGGGAAAGGGCUCGAAGGAAACCCAUACGAGGACAGUUUGCGAACUGGGGAACACGUGUAUCUUCCUCUUAUACGUAACAUACACGGAGGCCAAGUAGAUUGGUCAACGGCUGUCCAUGUUAGGCCCGGUGGCUUCUGUUCGCCUGUUCAAUGGUCAAACGAAAACAUUUGUCAGCUGUUCGAACCGAAUAAAUUAUCCCUCGUAUUAGAGUGCGAAGGUCUAAAACUCUUGAACCGUUCGACACGGAGGGAGCAUGAAUACGCACAACGAAAUUUUACAUUACUAUAGAGAAAUUUUGAACGUGUGCAGCAGUUAUCCAGUCAGGAACACCUGAACACCCUUAAUAACCAAGAGAACGUUUCACCAGCCACUGCUCGCUAUUGUUUGCAGGUCGCCAAUUGAUGGUGUUCAAUAGUCAAUCGACCAUUCAGGUCGGCGGUCGAUGGAAUCGCAACGAAGGCAGAGUGGAGAGGCCAUUCCUGGGGAUAAUUGCCGGGCUCGUUGUCAAUGGUGCGCGAAUUUUAGAGCUGGCCGCUGCUAAGGAUGGAAGGAUUACUUCCAGCGGGGAUGUUCAGUUGUUGCCGCCGGGUAGCCUUCUAGAUCGAGCAGCACCUUUGCAAAGAAUGCAACAGACGCCAGCAUCCGGUUUCCCAGGUCUGGUAGACGACCUAAUAUUUUCUGGGGCCGGAAGUGGCUGUGCCGCCGACGACGAGGAUGAGGAAUGCACGCCGAUCUACGAGCCUGGUUCCGGUAAGUACGACAUAAUAACGCCGGUGUACGUCGCGCCGACGAAGUCGCCGACGACGCUUAGGCCGAAGCAUCACAAAGAGGACAUGAAGGAACGUCUAUCCUGCGACGACGAGGAGGACUGCGAGGAGGGCUCCGGGGAACCGGUCACCACCGAAGAAAUCUUCGUCACUUCCGUCACUGACUCGAGCUCGGUGGCGUACACGACGGCCCGCGAGUACACGACCAGUCACGUCAGCACGCAAACGUCUCCAAGCUCGCCGUCCUCGACAUCGACCCGGGACAUCGUCACCGUCUCCGUCCAGUACAAUGUGUCAACCACAGACUUUGAAACCAGCCAUCCUAGCGUUGUGACGCAAAGAUCGACAACUGUGACGACCCAAACGACUACCACGGAGAUGACGGACCCGCCGCCGCCACCGAUAUACCCUCCGAUACCCACGCCGCCUAAGAACAAUAAUAACAAGAGGAUAACAUCCGAGGCGGAGGAGAACGCCGCCUUGAUAAUCGGCAUCAUAGCAGCCGCGUUGAUCGCGAUCAUUCUGAUCAUACUGAUCAUCCUCAAGUUCAAGAAUCGGCCGGAGGCCAGCUGCAAGAUGGACGAGACGAAGACGUUCUGCCAGGACCCGAACGCUGCAUUGCUCGGCGCCGCUGGCUCCGGGCAGGCGUUUAACGGCGCGUUGAAGAACGGCGCGAACUGCAGCAAACCUCACAAGAAACGGGAACUGAUAGACAUCAAAGAGUGGUACGUGUAGAGCCGGCCCGGCCGUCGCCGUCUUCAACAUUUCAUGCGUCCGCUUCACGGCUGCACACACGUGUCGCUUUUCUUUACUUUCCGUUAUCCCCGGGAUGAAUGACGCGACCAGUCGUCUGAGGACUGCUUGAUGAAGAAACGUGUGAAGCAUCUUUACUUAGGUUCUUCGUUGGUGCUAGGGGAACUAUUAGCCGUAGUCGAGAAACGCGUUGACGAAACGUAUAGGACGAUGUCCCCUCGCGAACGACGAGAUAUGAACAGUGUUCGCGUGCGGCUCGACGGAUCACGAACUGUACCGUUGGAGUCGUGAUCGAUGAGAAUUUCCGUUUACGGGAGCAGGGAUUGAUCGCAGACGCUGGUUCGAUCAUCGGUCAGUUCGAGCCACAAGCAUAUCCGAUGUCUGACAUAAUCGACGCCGGCGAUGAUCUUCUUAGCGGGGCGAUCGCGCUCGUCCGACGAGUCGGAACGAGCCAAGGCUGAUUCGCGUCAGUCGGAAAUUCAAGAUAUACAUACGGCAUCGAGGGUGUGCGUCAGAAACAGAGAAAUGCAUCGUACCGUUGUGCCGAUCGAAAAUCGCAGAGCACAGCGUCAUCGCUCUUCGUUAAGAAAAAAUGAAAAUCGACGCUCGGCUUUGAUUCCAGCACUUCUCCGACGAAUUCGAAUAUCGAGACCUCUAUGAAAUGUAAAUCCGUACACACUCUGGUGGCUCGUCGACUAGCCGUGAAAUCAAACUUCCUCCUUGUUGCUGAUAAAUUGUUAGUUGUGUAUUAUAUUCAUUGUACAUGAGAAAAUUUGUUACCGCGAUAGCGUUUACGUGUAUGAUCUUAAAUUAGGUCGACAGGCAUUCAAGAUUGUAUUACUCGAAGCACCGCGUCAAGGAUGGAGGAAUAAUGAAAAUCCUUUUGAUUGAGAGUUGUCGAAACGCGAUCGGGAAAGUGUUGGAACUAACGCGCAAGGAAAGUAUCAAUACGAACGAUCCUAUCUAGCAAUUAAUGAACUUAUUGUUGUAUAGAAGAAAAAAAAAAUAUAUAUAUAUAUAUAUAUAUAUACAUAUACGAUAUUUAUCGAUUAUGUUAUGCGUGUAAAUUGUUUAUUAAAUUAUAUAGAUUUUAUUAAACACGAUGGAAGAGAGAGAGAGAGCGUGUGUGGAUGCGUGUUAAAUGUGUGCAUGCUGCGAUUAGAAUGAACGGACAAGAGAGACGAUGAUAGUCCGCGUUGUUUUGUUUGAACGUAAAGAAGCAACUCAAAGUAACGUCGGUGUAUUUAAACACGUAAGUAAAACGCGUCCGCGUGGAACGUGACGGGAAACGAAGAGACGUUAAGUUUUAAGUGAUAACGCUCGAAGGACGCUGUUCGAAAAGUAGCGAACGACACGUAGCCAUGUGCAGAUCGAUGCUUAAACGUAUACACAGGGUGUGAAUGCAAUUGCCAAAGAGGGAAGAGUAAUCGAAUCGAAUCCAACCGGUGUUUAACCCUUUGAUGUCCGAUGCCGUCUUACAUUGGUUCAGCCGUCGUCGUCACUUGUUGCUUCUUAAGCGUUCUGCACACAUUGGAACCGUGUUGCCUUGCGCGAAUUUUUUUUUUUACUAUCAGGCUUUAUGGAUUCAUUUCAAUUAUAUCAAGUGUAUGUAUUGCAAUGAAAAGUGUGCGCAUCGCAAUAUGUUUCAAUGUGUGCAGUGCAUUUAGUGUCCUGUUAUUUAAACGCUUCAGUGGUAUCGUUUUCAUUUCUUUAAGGGAGUCGCAACCGGUGGAAAGGAAAUCAUUUAUUAUUCUGAAAAUUGCAUUCGAUCGAUAUUAUCUGUUAACUUGAUGAACAAUCAGAACGUUUGAAAAAGAAUCACGAUUUUUCAGAUAUUAAGUAAUUUCCUGUUAACUGAUUACGACUUCCUCGCAUCUCAUUCUCACGUUGAUUUCGUUCGCAACUCCUUUGACGUUUCUGUGAUACUUCUAUUGACUAAAGUACUGUAUGAUACCUCUGUGUAAACAAGCUUCGUCAGUUAAGAAAUAAAGUUUUCUGUACGAAUUAAAGUAGUGAAAGCUCAUGGAUCAUGUAGGGCCGCAAAGGGUUAAAUAUAUUGGCGCAUCGCACGGAUCUAAGUCUAUCUAUGAAUCCGAGGCCACUUUUCCUUGUCGAGCUCUGUCGCCUCUACGGAAACUCUCCAGCUUCCUGUCAUCGGUGCAAAACUCUUCUCACAAAGAAAACACGGACAACAAAACUUUCAAAGACAAUGAGAAAAAGCUAAUAUAGUUGUCCACCUCUAUUUUCGUAUUUUCCUGCUUGGUGUGCGCACCCUGCUUUCCAACAGGCUUCGAACAGUCCAGACUGGUACAUAAUAUUGAAUCAAAUUUUCUCAUCUUAACGAUGAAAGGCGAUAAUUCGAAUUGUUGAUUAGUUAAAUACACCGCCAGUCUAGAUUGCAAAAUACCCAGUUGGUGCAUAGAACGCAGAGAUUGUAUGAACCUAAGCUACUAUAAGAUCACUGACUUGAUCACCUCUAAUAUUGUGAAUUUUCGAUGCCAUCUGAAUUCGUAUAAGAAACCCUUUCAUUGCCAGAGACACUAGUCCCACCUGCUUCUUUUCGACGAAUAAAAAUUAUGCCGACCAGUAAAUAGAUAAAAAAAUUACUUUCAAAAGACUUCUGACUGCGAGAGAAUUAGAAAAAAUCUGCUACGACUCUUGAAACGUUUCUCGGGAACGUAAUGUUACACUAACGAGGAAGCAAUAACACAAAGUGAUAAGGAAAGGAGGUGGAAGUUAGAAGUUAAAUUGAUUCAAUGAUCGUUCCCAACGGGAUAAAAUCAAAUCGAUGGAACAGAUUUUUCAUUCCACGUUAUCUCUUCCCCCACGAUGCGAAACAGUCGUUUAAGUGAUAUUAAUUAAAACAAACACCCGGGCAGAGGUACGAGAAACGCAAGUUUGCUCUUUGUCCGACUUUAAACGACUUAUAGAAAGUUCGCCCGGCUGGCAUUUUCACAUCCGAUUCGCUCGGCCUUUUGUUAAUCCCAUGGAGCCUUAACUCGAGACAUGCUCGCUAACGAGCGGACUCAUUAGCCUCGUUAUGAGCAACUAUAAACGCGCUCCAACGCACUUCUCUUUGAUACCUCACGAGCUCUCCGUUAUAAUACUUCAAUCAACUCGCAUAAAAUACUUUUAUAUCGCUUUCCACGUGUCGUCGCCGUUUUGAGGUAUUAGUCGAAGACUCGCUACUCUUUCCCUAAGCGUGUUCGUUGCGAUCUUCCAUCUAUAGACACCGAGCAAUCACAUUCGUUGAUUUUUCAAAUAAUUACCCGACUUCGGAUGAUUUUAUCGAUAUCUAAGAAUUAUCUCUUCUUAAUCUAUGCAUAUAAGUAAACCUAAAUGCACCAAGUCUUUUCGGAUAAAACAAAAAGAAAGUUAUAUUUAAAUUCUUAACACUAAGUUCCUUGGUCGGUCGAGAAAGCGAGCUCGAUGAUAAUAGCUAAUGAAAAACUCGUCGCUUUCGACAAUGCUGGCUCAGGGAAACACGAUUUUCUCAGUUUUAAUCAGAAGAAAGUCUAAAAACAAAGUCUGAACCGAACCAAUCACGAUCUAAUCGCUGACGCAUAUCAAAUCAGAAAUCUCUUAUAAAUUAUCUCUUUGGGAUGACGAAAGGAAGAAAUUGUCGAAACGUGCGACAUGCAAAAAAUGAAGGAAAAUCGGAUAAACCGGGGCUGAUGGAAAAUCUUUGUGUGCACAACUGUUAUUAACAGAAAGAAACAAUUGUUCAAAACACAAUGCCAAAGUAUAUCUUACAAAUUUUCUAAAAGUUACAAAAAUCAUAGGAAAAACAAAAAGUAUCAUUCGGAUAACGACGGUUCCAUAGCUUAAUCGCACAAGAGCUUAAUGGAUGCAAAUGCAAAAAUCUCAAAAAAAAAAAAACAUCAUAGCAUUCUUCCCUUUCAUUUUCAAUCAUUUUCUUAUACACACCAACUAUGCGACACUACAUUAAAUUAAUAAAAAAAAAAAAAUGAUUGCUAUAUGCGACGCUUAACAAUCUUUGCUAUCUCAGCUGAACUAAACUUUUGCAAUUUCCACCCUUGAGAUCAUGACUAGACCAUAAAAUAAAAAGUGUCCAUGUAAAAUUUUGUACAUUUACGUGGCUACAGUUGAGCGGGCAGUCUUAACGAUAUCGUCAUUGACGCAAUACCUUCGAAUUUAUGCGUUUCAAAUGUAAAUACGCUUACUUCUUCCAGUUUCAACCUCUAAAAAUUUAAAAGAAAAAGAAGAAAAUCUACUCGAAUGAAAGUAACAAGGAAAUUCAAUCUAAUAUGAUAAAUCAAAAAUAUGUAUAGUUAACAGAGCGUCCUGGCACUUUCGUAUUAACGGGGCGACAAUUGAUAAUUAAUGCUUCCUACGUAUUUGCUUGAAUUCGCUUUUAGUAGUGAUUUAUCACACAAUAAAUUAUGCGAUUAUUUAGAGUAUCGAAUGUUUAAUGAAUAAUAAUCGAGAACACUCAUAAUUUUUUUUAUCCUAUGUAAAUAACAUCUACAACAUUAUUCUAUAUUUCCUUGCUUGUUCGACUGUAAAACGUUCAUGAUUUCUUUAAGAAAUAAAGAGAAAAACUGUUACUUAGAUUCUACAGACAUUUUAAUACUCUGUCAAAUGCAAAAUUACACUAGUUUAUUUUCAUCUAAGAAAACUGAUAAAAUAUAAUAAUCUCAAUUGUAUUCGUAAUUGAGUGAACACUGAAAAUCCAUUGUGAACCAUGCAAGUGCAAUUAUUUUAUAACACAUAUGGAAAAGCGAGUUCAGUAUGAAAAUCGACUACAGUACAAACAUAAUUUCUCUCCGCAAGUAAUUAAUCUUCGAAACGACCACGACACUAUGUUUAUCAGAUCGGUUGACCAUAUCAAAGCGUUGCCACGUAAUUCUUCAACGAUUGUAUCCGCGUAUGUGUUCGUUAAUAUGAAAGUACCGUAGCGAGUAUAAUUUUUCUCUUUCCUUCUUUCGAGAACAAUUUCAAUGAUUACACUUUGCUUGGUCACGAGCGAACUAGCGAAAUCAUCGUUAAACACUACUACACUACUACUACUACUAUUACUACUACUACUAAUAAUAAUAAUCAAGAUGCACACCGCGUCUGCCGAUUUAUGGAGAAGCGCGAACAUAUUGUUAUCACUGCCCUCCAAACUCCUUAUCUGCAUAUCCUUCGAUGUACUGACGACUAACGACAAGACGUUUAUACUAAAAUAAUUAACUUCUAAUUAAGAUAUUAUCUUAUCGAGAAACAAUGUUAUUCCAACUUUAACUUAAACCUCGAAACGAAGCGUGCCGCGGACGUCGCGCUUAUCUAAAAUCUUUAAUAUUUUAACUGUGUAGAUAGUGCGGUAACAGUGGACGCAUAAGAGAUUGAAAAUGGAUUAGAAUGAAAGUGAGAAAUAACUUGUAAACUGGAACGAAUGCCGUGGGUGUAUGAACGUAGACGUCAGAGAGGCACGUAUACAGAGAAGAGAGGACAGUCCAUAAGAUUAGAAAGAGUGUGAAGAAUCGCGAAGAGAGCAUCGUUGGAUAGUGUACAUGCAGAAACCCAUAAAAUGCGAAAAGAAAAA